AUAUAAUUGAUUUAGAUAAAAGAGUAGAUAUAAAUUUCUAGAAUUAUCCUAUCGUGAAACUUUAGUUGUACCAAUAAUAACAUCAGAGUUGAUCCUUGAAUAUUUAUCUCUUUCAAAAUUUAAUACUGGUUGGAAGUGUAAUAGAUUUUUAUUCUAAAUAAUAUAAGUUCAAUAGCAAUGGAAAUAAAUUUAUUGAUAUUAGUGUUCUAAUAUGGAUUCAAUCCAACAAUUUUAAAAGUGAAUGCCAUUAGAAAAAUCUAUGAAUUUAGAUCAAAUUUAGAAUUGAAAUACAGAAACAAGUUUAAAAUUCAUGAAUAAUUUUUAGAUUAUUAGAUGGAUCUGGAUCAACCUUUUUCCAUGGAACUUACAGUGAAAGUGAACUAGGAAGUAUUGAAUAAAUAUAAUAAAAUUAUUUUUAAUGAUU